AUGUCAAUCAACGAAGAGGAAUAUUUGCAAUUAGAGAAAGAAAUCAAUUUGGAUGAUAUUGAUUUCUCAGAUUUAGAGGAAAAAUAUGAAGCCGAUGUUGGGUUAGACAAUUAUAUUAUUGUUGAUGGUGCUCCAAUUGCACCAGAAUCUAAAGUUCCUGUCUUAACCAAGGUUCUCAGAAAGUUAUUUAGUACUGUUGGAGAAAUAAUAGAAGGAGAUGAAGGUAUUUACAUGCCAUUAGAAGAUGGAAAAUCCAAAGGGUAUUUAUUCAUUCAAUACAAGACACCUCAAGAGGCUGAUGCUGCUAUCAAAAAAUUACAUGGUAAGAAAUUGGAUCAAAAUCAUAGGUUAUUGGUAAACAAGUUUUCAGAUAUCGAGAAAUACGGUUCUGUCAGUGCUGAGUUUAAAGAGCCAGAAGUCGAACCUUUCAAAUCUCACGGUUAUUUACAUGAUUGGUUGCAGGAUAAACAAGGAAGAGACCAAGUUGUGACCCAUUUUGGAGAAACCAUUGGAAUCAAUUGGAGCAAAAAGGCCAAUGAUCCUGAACAGGUUGUUGAACCUAGAAAAGGAUUCACCUCCAAAUACGCCAAGUUUUCACCAAAGGGAACUUAUCUUUUUUCAAUUCAUCCGCAAGGUGUUCAAUCAUGGGGUGGUGCUGACUUUCAUAGUAUCAAAAGAUUUUUCCACAAUCAAGUUAGACUUAUAGAUUUUUCACCAAAUGAAAAAUAUAUGGUUACCUUGUCUCCUGUCCCAAUUGCAUUGCCAGAUUCUGCAGCCGAGAGACAACAAUUUCCGUUUGGACCAGAAAGUGAGGGUCACAAGUUGGUUAUAUGGGAUAUGAUCACUGGUGAGCCAGUUAGGACUUUUGCUUUACCACCUCAUCUUGAACACCAAAAGGAAAUGCCAUGGCCAUUGGUUAAAUGGUCAUUCGAUGACAAAUACUGUGCUCGUCAAGGACCAGAUGCUUUGGCUAUCUAUGAAACCCCUAGCUUCCAAUUAUUGGAAAAAAAAUUGGUCAAAAUCGAUGGUAUUCAAGAUUUCGAAUGGGCUCCAGCAGGUGUUAGAUUGCACAAUAACAAGAGUAAUGAACUUGCACAUAUCUUGUCAUACUGGACCCCAGAGAGCACCAAUCAAACUGCAAGAGUUGCAGUGAUGCAGAUUCCUAGCAGACAAGUUUUGCGUACUGUAAAUCUUUUCCAAGUUAGCGAUUGUAAAAUGCAUUGGCAAAGUGAAGGAAAACUUUUGUGUGUUAAAGUUGAUAGACAUACUAAAUCAGGUAAAACUACAUUUUCAAACCUUGAUUUCUUCAAGUUGGGUGAAAAAGAUGUUCCGGUUGAAAAGCUUGAGUUGAAGGAUGUUAUUGUCAACUUUGGCUGGGAACCAAAUAGUGAAAGAUUUAUUACUAUCAGUCGUUUGGAUGACGGUGAUCCAAAUCCGGCCAUUCCCAAGAAUAGUAUUACUUUCUAUGCACCAGAAGUUACCAAGGGAAAGAAUGCAAAUUCAAAAUACAAGGCGUACAAAGUCGUCGAAAACAAACACUCAAACACCAUUGCUUGGUCACCAAAGGGUAGGUAUGCCGUUGUUGCCACCAUUUCUCGUUCUUCAGGUGAGAUUGAGUUUUUCGAUGUAUCAUUUGAGGAUGAAAACAGCAAAAAGGGAGCACCAGCAAACGUCAAGUUACUCAAGACCGACCAAUACGUAGGAAUGACCAACAUUUCGUGGGAUCCUUCUGGUAGAUUUGUCACCGCAUGGUCGUCUUCAUGGUUACAUGCUAUCGACAACGGGUACAGAUUGUACGAGUUUACUGGUAGAUUAUUGAGAGAUGAAUCAAUUGAUCAAUUCAAAGAGUUUAUUUGGAGACCUCGUCCUGAGAGUUUGUUGUCAAGUGCUGAAAAGAAAAAGGUUCGUUCCAACUUGCGUGAGUACUCUGCUCAAUUUGAAGAAGUUGAUGCUAUGGAAGCAGAUGCAGCUGUCAAGGAGGCGAUCUUGGCCAGAAGAAAGGCAUUGGAGGACUGGAGAGCUUACAGAGCUAAACAUGCCAACAAAAAGGCUCAAACCAGCGAUGUCCAGGCUGAAAUCAUUGAAGAGAUUAAAGAAGAGAUUAUCGAAGAAAAGGAGGAAAUUGUGGAGUAG